AUGAUGCUGUCACUUUUUUUUGGCAAAUGUACAACUGAUGCAGUUACUAUACCAGUAAUUCAACCAACUCACGUUUAUGUGGAACUUGGAACAGCAGCUGUACUGCUUUGUUAUUUUAACUGCUCAUGUCCUGGUAAAGCAUAUGGAAGUUUCCAAACAUCAAAGAGGAAAGAAUAUGCAAAUAUAACAUGCAUAUCAGUGGGGCAAAUAAGGACCUGUGAAUCCAAAAGUAUUAUUGUCAAUACCACAUUGAAUGAUGAAAAUGUUUAUAGAUGUCAAGUGAAAAUACCAGGUGAAAAUACUUCUUUUGAAGGUGAAGGAUCAGGAACCAAGCUUAUAAUCUAUGCUGAGCCUUCGUCCUUGGAAAUACAAGAAGCCAAGCCUCUAGUGGAAGGCACACCAUCCAAUCUUACUUGCCUUGUCAGAGGAAAGCAUCUACCCAAUGUCACAUUCAGUUGGUUCAGGACCGAACCACGUGAGCUCACAAGCAUACCGAUUUUCACAAGCCUUAGUGAAAUUCAAAGUGUAUACAGCUUCACUCCAAGUAUAAAUGACCACAGGACUGCCUAUUGGUGUCAGGUCUCUCACCCACUGUUUAAAAGGAGCAUCAUGCAGAAAAUAUCAUUAGAUGUCAAAUAUGGACCGCAGACUCUGAAUGUGACAUCUUUAAAAAGGUUUGGCAAUCUAAAUGACUCAUGGAAAUCCUUGGAGAUUCCCAAACACUCCCACACUGAGUUGUUGUGCUCAGCCGAUGGUAAUCCUGAGCCUUCAGUUAUGUGGUUUCAUGAAAAAGAAGGCUAUAUAAACUCUACCAAGUCUCAUGUGGGGAGUGAUGGGCAUAUUUUGGUCAUAGAACACAUGACAAAAGAGAAUGAAGGCUUCUACAGAUGUGUCGCAAACAACAGUUAUGGCACAAUUAAUGUGACUAUCUACAUACGGGCAGUUGAAGGUAACCAUUCACUUGCAAUUUGUUUGAUUAUCAUUGCCAUUUCCAGUGUGCUUCAGAUUAUGGCCUUUAUGUUUGUAUCAUCUACAGUAGUAUGCAUUUCACCCUUGCCUGUUACUAGACUGACAUCUGACUGUUACCCUUCAUCUAGUGAAUGGAGGCAACAGGUGAAGCUGAAGAGACAUAUCUCUGACCAUUUGACUGUCAGCAAUGGCUCCUUUGAAGUCUGUGUGCUGUCUCCACUGCUCUUCCAGUAUAUCAACGACUGCACCUCUGCCCAUCAGUCUGUAAAACUCAUGGAGUUUGAAAAUGACACAGCCCUCAUUGGGCUUAUCUCUAAUCGAGAUGACUGCAAGUGGAGGCAGAAGUCUAUUCCAGAAGCAUCAAAUGUAAGGAGGGAAUUGACACUGGAUGGAUCUCUAGGCAGUACAGAAAAUGCAAGAAAUAUUAAAGAAAGCAAAAGCAAUUUAGAAAAGUAA